ACACUUUCGCUUCAAAUGCGAUGCAUUUGUAGUAGUAGUGUUCUACAAUACUAGAAUACUGUUCCAUAAAUAUGGUUCCAUUUAUGCGAAACCCAUUUUAAGUUUUUGGUAGUAUACAUGUUAAGUAUUAAAAUAAGCAUUGCAAUAAUUGCGGUAACUAUGAGUACAUGAGUAACACAUAUUCAAUUUUAUCGGUAUGAAAAUACCGCUAAAGCACUGUAGCCCAAUCUUGCCAACUAGUCCACAUUACGUUUUCGAAAUUAUUUAGUUUGAAAUUUGAGUAAUGUUGGAACAAAUAUACAUAUGUGUUUGUGUCAAACAAAUGAUGUACCUAGUCAUGUCCGUCGUGAUCUCGGAAUCUACAAAAGUAAGAAUCUAAAGACAUUUAAAUAUUUUUUCAUUUUAUUAUUUGUAUUAGAAAUUUCAAUCAAAAGAUUUUUCAAAUUUCUCCCUCCUAUUUCCAAAAGCUUAUUAAGGUGUAUGUAAUUGUCAAGGAACUUAUAUCGAACUUGAAACAAACUAGUAAGUCCGUUGCUUUUCCGAUAUCUCGACGUUCAUACGGACGAACGACAGACGGACGGAGAGGCGUACAGACAGAUCCGCUUGACCAGUGAAUUUAUAUACAUAGUUGUGCUUCGAAAACGCUUCAACUUGCUGUAACGGAUAUAAAUUAAUUUAACCGUUUACUAGCGCCGCUUAAGUUUUGCCGAAUGAUCAAUGUUAUAUCAUUUUCAAGUCGAACAAUGCGAGUGCACUCAGUUUGAGUCAUUUUUUCGUACAGCCCGCAGGGCACAGCACUCAGUUGGUCGCAGUCUAAAAUCCGAAGGCGACGAUGGCGGAUGGCGUACAUCCCAAUCCGCCGUACUUUAACCGCGUACCCACAGUUGGGGUGAUGUGCAUCGAUAUGGCCACGCGACUGCAGCAGAACUUUUGUGGGGCAUACCAUAGCUAUAUAGCUGCGUCCUACGUCAAGUUUUUAGAGGCAUCCGGUGCUCAUGUCGUGCCCAUUUGGAUCGGUCGAGAACGAGCUUACUAUGAGAUGAUGAUGAGUCAGUUAAACGGCAUCCUUUUGCCAGGAGGAGCCGUGUUCAUCGACGAGGCUGAUAGGCAGGCGAAUCCGGAUCUAACCAGCGAUUGUGUCCGGAGCGCCGAGCUCAUUUUCCAACUGGCCAUGGAGCGUAACCGGCGGGCGAAGAAACUCGAUGAUCCUGGCGGAUUAUUUCCAGUUUGGGGAACUUGUCUUGGCUUCCAGUUGCUCCUUAUUCAUGCCGCCGAAGCACCGAAUAUUCGAAUCGGCUGUCAGCCCAUGAGGGAAGCGAUGCCACUAAAACUAGUCGAUGAUUACCAACAUUCACAGCUCCUUGGAAAUCUCCCAGGGUCGGUUGCCGAUCAGAUGGAGAAGCACCCAUUUGCCUGCCACCAGCAUCAGUACUGCAUCACCAAAGAGAGUUUGGAAGCCUUCGGUCUAGCUAGGGAUUGGCAUCCUCUAGCCACUCAGAAGGAUACUUCAGGGCUGGAAUUUAUCACGAUUGUCGAGCACCGGUAUUUUCCUAUCUUUGGAUGUCAGUUUCAUCCAGAGCGCGCUGCGUUCGAGCAGCUUUACAACUCGAAGGACCAAUGUUACAUGGCGCAUUCCCAUAUUAGUAUCGAGUUGGCCCAAAUCUUCGGCAGUCGGUUCGUUGACUUCUGCCGCAGCAACAAAAAUCAGUUCGCAAGUGCCGAAAUAAUAUCCCGACACCUAAUUUGGAACUGGCAGCCCGUUUUCUCUGGAAAGUUUAAGGACUCCAACUGGCAGCAGAGCUAUCUUUUCGAGAAGAACGUGGACUACUUGGAAGACCGAGAUGAUGCUGAGGAGCUCAGCCCAUCUUUGUGAUACACGAGACUUAAUAUACCUAAGGUAUUCAAUAAAUUGGACAAAAACUAUAA